AAUGAAAUCAUUCCAACCUUGAAUUGAUUAUAUAAAAAAAAUUUUUGAUAGCAAUUCAUUAAUGAUGAUGACUUUCGGUGUAGUGGUGGAGGUGCACGCUUGGUGAAACCUAAAAACCGAAAGGGUCAAACAAAUUGUCUGAGUGGAAAUGAGAAUUAAAUUUUAUUAGGUUCCAAAGCAUAAGUCAGAAUCCUUUCCCUUAUAUAGCAAUGCCCAUCUAGCAGAUCACAUUCAUCCAACCACUGAAUCCCACACAUCUUCAUCGUUUUCUGCAGUUUAGUUCAGAAAAGAAAGUGUUUAGGAAAAAUGGCCAACAACGACAUGAAAAUCUUCCAUUCUUCUUCUACCUUCUUCACCUUUCUGUUUUUACUGUUACUCUCCCUGUUUUUUUCUUCUGGUAGAUGUGAUCUCCAGUCCAACUAUUAUUCAGAAAGUUGCCCAAGAGCCGAAGAGAUCAUCAAGGAACAAGUCACACAAAUCUUCCAUAAGCAAUAUCAUACUGCCAUUUCAUGGCUCAGGAACAUCUUUCAUGACUGUAUGGUUGAGUCCUGUGAUGCUUCGGUUCUAUUGGACAAUAAAGAUGGGAUCGAGUCGGAGAAGAAUUCACCAAGGAGCUUUGGAAUGAGAAAUUUCGGUCCCAUUGACAGAAUUAAGGAAGCGCUUGAAAAGGAAUGCCCACAAACAGUUUCUUGUGCUGAUAUUGUUGCUCUGUCCGCCAGAGAAGGCACUGUUUUGUUAGGAGGGCCGUACGUUGAAAUGAAAACAGGGCGAAGGGAUAGCAAAGUCAGUUUCCUUGACCAGGUCGAGAGCUCCAUUCCUAACUUCAAUGACUCCAUGCCUGUUGUCCUCUCCAGAUUCAACUCAGUUGGCCUUGACGAUGAAGCAACUGUUGCUCUCCUUGGAGCUCACUCGGUGGGACGAGUUCAUUGCCUAAACAUUGUGGGGAGACUCUAUCCAACAGUUGAUCCAACCUUAAAUCCCACACGUGCUGCUUACCUUAAAAAGAGGUGCCCGACACCCGAACCCGACCCGAAGAAAGUUCAGUACUCGCGAACUGAUCUGCUGACCCCGGCUGUGCUGGAUAAUUUGUACUACAAGAACAUCUUACGAGGAGAAGGGCUCUUAACGAUCGACGCCGAAUUGGCAACGGAUAAUCGGACGGCUGCUUUUGUCGAGAAAAUGGCCGCCGAUAAUGACUAUUUCCACCAACAGUUUGCAAGGGCGUUGCUGAUUUUGUCGGAGAUUAAUCCACUAACUGGUCAUCAAGGGGAGAUUAGAAAAAAGUGCCGUUUUGUCAACCAGGAUUGAGUGCUAUGUUAGCUAAUUAUGCGUUUACCGGACUAUUAUCAAGACUUUGGUUUUUAAUUGCUAGUGCUAUUUUGAAUUCGACUUAGCAUAACAUCUUAUAAUGUUGGACUUAUAUUGGUCCACUACGAGGUAGGUAACGAUGAACUUCGAGUUCCAACUUCCAACCACUAGUUUAUACACAUUCUCGAAUUCUCAGUACAAAGCACACCAUUGUUAUUGUUGGUGACUUGGUGCUACUACACUUGACUAUAUUAUUCAAUGUACUUCUGGAUUCAUCUAUCAACAUUUAUCAUUACCCUAUGUUUUCUUUUCGAAGGGAUGUUCUGUCUGUUACAUCUCCAUCAUUGGUGUGACGGAGAUUCAUAGAAAUGUUGAUACGUUUUUUUAAAAAAAGCUCACUG